AUGAGCGAAGAACCAGACAUCAUCAUGUCAUUACAUCAGAAUGAACCGCAGCGUCUGGAGGCUGGCGAUGGCGGCGUACCAGCACCAGCACCAGCACCAGCACCAUCAUCUAUAGGGAGUAGUAAGCCUCUGCUGUACUACGUGCACCCGUCUAAUGGAAAACAGUCACCGUUAAUCCUGCAAAGCUUUCAAGACGCUCGUUCGCUGCCGCACACGCAGCUCUGGAAGCGCCUUGAGGCCCGGCCGUUGUCCCCAGCGACAGCGUUAGGAAAACUAACUUACUGGAUCAGCGCGCCUAUCCUGAAGCCGGGCAGCAGAGACGUGAAUAUGUCCAACGGCAUUGCUCUUUGCGAGGUAGCACUGAGGUUCUUGGUGUCCAUACCCGUAUCGUGUUGUAUGCUUCAUGGCCUGGAAUUCAUAAGCGCACCUUUCUAUAAAGGGCAUCUUUCGAUGGCUGCCUGGAGUGCUCCACCAAAUGAACAAUACCAGCCUGUACGGCACCUGGGCAUUCACGGAGCGGUUAAAGACGGUGCAGCCGAGGCCUCGCGACGUCUUUACAGAGACAAUAUCGACUUGGACAGUGACAUCUCACGCCCUGAGCCAUCUAACAACGCCGUCAAGGACGACGACCCGCACACCACGACGAUGGAAAAUGACGAUCAAGGUAUCAAGUGCCGUCCACGGCACUUGUGCUACAUCACAGACGUACAGCAAGACGAGCUUAAAACCAUCAAUGUCGCAGUCUUUCUUAAAGAAGAAGGCGCUGAUGUGGACUUGGGAUUUGUGUUUGUCUCGUACACGCGCACACAGUUUUGCGUUGCAACCAAAGACGAGAUCCGCACACGAUAUCCGGACGAGGCUACGCGUAAGGUAUACAGCGACCUCGCAGACAAGGACCGGAAGCAGCUUCUGCAGUGGGGGCUUGACGCGGCAAAGAGGGCAGGCAAGCGAGCGUUUUGGAUUGACUUUGAGUGCGUGGUUGAUCAAGACAACGUCGCGCGCUCCGCAAGCAAGAGCGCCGAUGUCUACCGCAUCUGCGACGUGGUACGCGCUGCGCAUUCUAUGAUUAUUGCGACCGGGCCGCCAGUUGCGGAAAAGGUAGGCGCAAUGCUAGCAGGUCAAGACUACGUGCACGCUGUCUCGCAGCAUCCCGACCCUAAUAAAUGGCUUCGGCAAUGGGGCUCCCGGCUCUGGACUUUACCUGAGCUGCUGCUUUGCCCCCGCGAGCAUGACAUCAAGCUGUACGUCCUUGGCGAGAAAGGGCGCGGCGAGCCGGUUAGCCGGAAGAAACGCAACUUUGCAGAGACGGCUUGGGACGACGCAAGCCUCGUUAAGGAGCUGGUGAACCACUAUGAGGGGUCAGCUAUACUGUCGCCCAUCAACUUUAUAAGCACAGCGCUCGCGUGCUUCUCCGCGCGCCGCACGGACAAGUUUACCUCGGGCGACGUCGUGUAUGCACUGAUGGGCCUCUUUCCCAUCAGCCAGCGGUCAACAAUCCGCCAGAGCGACUCUGGCUUCCAGGCCUUUGCGCGGCUCUCGCUUGACAACGACGGCGGGGAGUUCUUGAACCGCAUGGUUUGCCUGCUUCCGCCGACGCGGCCGAGUGGUGAGCCGUUGGCCUGGUUCGAGAGCGUCAACGAUGUGUGGGACGCCGAGAUUCGCGACGUGCAGCCCAGCAGCCGUGUUGUUGAUGUGGCGGACGACGCACCCGACACCCUCAUCAUGAAUCAAACACCCAGCAUUGCUAUCCGCUGGGACGGCUUUGACGCAAACAGCAUCCGCCUUGCCGAGUUGCCACGGAGUCGAUUUUUAACAGCGCCACUCGUCUGGUUCGGGUUAAUGACCUUGGUGUUGCUGCUCGGCCUAAGUAUAGCAGAACACGAAGCCCGGAUGGAUUGGUCUGCAAUGCGGCGCAGAAGUGCCGUGAUGUUUGCUCUGCCAGCGCUGCUAGCACCCGUCUUGUAUCUUUGGGCGCAGACGAGAUCGUGGCCGCACCAGACAAAGGCAGAUCUGGUAGGGAUAGAGGGCCAUGUCGACGCGGCCACUGUCGAGAAGCACCUUUGGGGAUACAACCACGGCCGGCUUACCCAGGUCGAGUCCGCCCCUAGAGGAAAAUACCGCGACAGUGACAGCGCGGAAGGCGAGCAAGAAGCUAGCUCCUCGCAGCAGCCUGCUGCUGUCCGUCGGUGCGCAGAGGAAUUCAGGUUUACGCUAGUGGACACGCACAUGAUGACCGUCACACACAUUACCACCCGCAAGCCGCCUGUCGCCUUGUUUGUCGUUGGCAGCGAGAGAAACUAUCACCGGGCGAUCCUGUGCUCCUAUGAUUGGCGUGACAACACAUAUGAGCGCGAGACAGCGUUGCGCGUCGAGGCCAGGAUGCUUGAUUACAUGAGGCGCAGCGAUCAAUUUCGGCUGCGGCUGCACUCCUCGGAUGCUGCCAACGCAAGUGACGGAAAUAGCUUUGUCGAGAUGACCAGCCCGACCAAGGUGAUGCACGAAACCGACCAAAGCUGGAGGCGCGAGCUCCUAUUUGCAACUCUUAUUUUGCUGUCGUCAGAAAUGUUCUUCGAUGUUACUAUGGACUUUACAUGUCAUACCUACCCAACUUCGAGCCCUUGGGUUGCUUAUAUCAUUGGGUUUGCAUCGGCGCAAGUCGUUGCGUUUGUACUCAUCAUAUAUUUUCCCCUAACAAGAAUUUUCUCCCAGCUUAUUAUCCUUAAAGGGUAUCUACAUCCUUUGGCGCAUCUUUUCCUCAGCCGUGAUCCCUGUUCGGAGGAUCUUCUCACCCGCCAGGUCAUCACCGGUGUCGUAGAGGGCCUCGUCUUCGCUAUACUCCUCGUCGUCCUCUGGUCGUGGUGGUCGCUCAAGCCUGCCAAGUUCACAGCACGAGUGCUGCUCUUUGCUGCUCUCCGCAUCUUGUUACCAAUGCGGGUCCUCUCCUCCAUGGCCUACUCGCCCAAUGAUAACGAAGCAGAUCCGGCAGACAUUGGCUUUUUAGGUUUCCUUUCUGGUGUCUUGCACAUAUGCGUCGCCACGCUGGGGCGAAAUCGAGUCGGCCGGCCCGAAGAGGUGGGAUGGAUAUCAGCCACAUUGAAGAGGAGACUAACUCCGUCGCUUUCGGGAGCGCAACUUCUGUCUUCGCCGAAGAAUCAAAUUCUUACGGUUUUCUUCUUUGUCGUAGCGGCAUUGGUACAUUUUAGUACGCGGCCACCCCCAUUCCUGGAAGUCUAUGGUGGACCUCCCGACUCUGAACAUGAAUACUACUUCAUUGCUCUCUCUGCUAUCGUCAUAGCUGCUUCCAGUUUUCUCAACAGCAGAUUUGAGAAGAGCACCGUACCGCUCCUACUUGUCAUUAUUACCUUGUCCUCGAUGGCGCCAUAUCUCCGAGGGCUCUCUUGGUAUUGGUCAGUUAGGCUUGCUGACGUUCGCUUUGCGUUUGAUCCAUUAUUGCUGGUGCUGUGUAAUUCCAUAGUGGAAACAGCCGUGCAUAAGGUGCAGUCCAUAUGUAUGAUACUCGCUGGCAUGGGUGUCGGCAUGUUGCUACGUACAACUCUUCCGUCUGUAUCUUCCGAGAUACACCUGGUUGCAAGCGCCAUGGCGAUGUGUUUAUUCGCAGGGCUGUGGAUAUACUGGAGAAUGAGCUAUUACCGCAGCCCGGUCGCUAUAGCAUGA